AAUAUAAUCCUGCCUUAGCUUCAUCUUCAAAUCUCAUCUCUACUCUCUACCCGGCCUUUAAUUUCUAGCUCUAUAUUAUUUUUCUGAUCGACCUUUUAAUCACCUAUCAUAUAUAUAUAUAUAUAUAUAUAUCCGAUCCAUGGCAUCUCAUGGCCGAUACGCUGCAGCAAUUUGGGGUUUCCUCCUCGCCUUUCUCUUUGCUUCUCUCUUGGUUCGCUGCGAUGAUGAAGAAGAUCAUCUUCUGCAAGGAAUCAACAGCUACCGGCAAUCCUUGAAUGUGCCGGCCCUGGCGAAGCACGACAAGGCGAAUUGCCUGGCGGAGGAGAUAGCUGAUGAAAUAGAAGACCAGCCCUGUCCCCGGCCGGGCAGCCGGAGCAGCCCGCCCCAAAUCGGGAACUUACAGAAACACCUGGACAAGUGCAAGAUAGACGCUAACUCGACGAAAGACGGGGCAAUACUGCCCGUCUGCGUCCGGAAGCGAGUCCCUACGCUGGUUCUCACCAACUACACGCAGUCAUUUCAAAACGCAAAAUUCCUCAACGAUUCCCGCUUCACCGGAGCGGGAAUCGGGACGGACGAUGACUGGACGGUGCUGGUGUUGACCACCAACACUGAAGCAGGGAUGUUCGCAGCAGCGUCCGCUGCGGUGGUCAAUGCAAGUCAACGGUUGAUGCAUUUGUUGCAGGUGGCCGCCGGAAUGUCCCUUUUCAUGCUGCUGUAGAUCGAUCUGAAUAGUUUGCUUUGCCUUGUGUCAUUAAUUAAUUGCUUAAAUUUGCGGUAUUAGACUAUGAGUUAGAAUAUAAUGUCUGUAAUAUACUCUGUUUCAGUUCUGGUGAAUUGUGUAAUAAUCCGUUUGAUAGACUAUUAGAACAUGUUUUUUCUUUAAUUUAGAGUCAAUUUGUUCACUAAAUACUUAUUCCUUUGACUUCAUGUUCAUAAGAUAUACGGAGUAUUGGAAGCAACUUUUAAG